AUUUAUUGUGAUUUUUCAACACCAUGUCAGGGAAUGGUUCUUUGAAAAAACAAGGUAAAACUUUAUGACAAGCACUUACGAUCUUUUUGGUUUGAUACAAAAGAAGAUAAAAUAUGAAAAAUAGAACAUUUUAUCUUUUAAAACUUGUUGAAAAGAUGAUGGAUUAGUUUUCACGAAUAAACGUAUGAAUCCUGUUUAUUAUGACUUAUACACUUUUUCUUUUUCUUUAGAACCAUUAACUGAAGAACAACAAGCUAUUUUAAAACAAAAGUCUGCUAAAAUUGAAAGGUUACAAACAGAUAUUACCAACUUAUCUAAACCACUUUUUGGUGACGAUGCAAAAGAAAAAGGAUGGACAAAACACAUUACACCUGGUGUUCUUUCUGUUUUUCAAGAUAACUCAAGUUGGAAUAAACUUACCUUGAAACCAGGCAACCCAGUAUUUAAACAACAACAACAACAACAUUCUCAAGAACUUCAACAAGCGGCAGGAUCCAAUUGGAAGAAAGUGAAAGAUGUAUUAACAACUGAUAUAUCGGAUGGUGAUGAUAGUGUAUCUGAAAGUGAACCAGCAACUACCAAAUUGAAUUAUCGUGAUAUGAAAACUUAUGGUAAUUUACCUAUGAAAGAUGAAAUCGCUGUGGUCAACUGCAAAUCUUGUCAUCGAUCCAUUUUGGCUAGUAGCUUCAAAAAACAUGUUGAUGUUUGUAUCAGAAAAGGAAAUGGUACUAACAGCAAAUUGGAAAAGAAAACAACUAUGAAUACAAACGGCGACGGGACCAAAAAGAAAGUAUCAACUCAAAAUUUCUUUUCUGACAAUGAUAAUGACGAUGAUGAAGAAGAUGAUGAUGAUCAUAUGGGUACUUUGAAACAAAAUAAUAAGGACGCGACAUCGAUGAAAAAGAAAAAAAAACUAGUGAAAGGCAACAAUAAUAUUGGCAAAGAUAACUUACAGGAUGAAGAUAGCAGCGCCAAUUCAAAGCGACCACCUCCGAAUUCUAUGGAAAAAGGAGAGAAAAAGAAGAUGAAAAAGGAAAAAUCAAAAACGAAAACCAAACAAAAAGCUCCUUUAGAUCUGGAUAAGCAAUGUGGCGUUAUACAACAACCCAAUGGUUUACCAUGUACUAGGUCUUUGACGUGCAAGAGUCACUCAAUGGGUGCGAAAAGGGCAGUAGCUGGACGGUCUCAACCUUAUGAUGUGUUACUGCAGGCGUAUCAAAAAAAGGCGAUUGGUCGACCUCAAUCUGGUGCUGUGGGUGCAUUGACUGGCAAAAAUACAAAAAUGAAGAAAGUGCCUUCAUCUACACCGAAUGGACAUGUUAAUGGCAGCGUUAAUCUCAAUACCAAUCAUACAAAUAUCACAUCAUCAUCAACGACAUCAUUAACUUCAGCAACAACAACGUCAACAGGGAACAAUGAAGAUUAUUUAGAUUCUGAUGAUGAAGUGGAAAAUGUUAUGCAGGCUUUACGAUCUAAUCAUCCAGCACCAUUAGCACAAAAACCAUACUUUUAUGUCAAACGACAAAGACAAUGUUACCGAUUACGAGAUAUUUUAUUGGAAGCCAUUACACCAAAAAUGAAAACAACUGAUAGUGACAAUGGAUCUAUUCAUCAUCAUAAUCUUUUGACCAAUAGCAAUACGGCAGGUAUGUCAACUUCCGGAUUUUCGGUGACAACGCCAGUGACAACAACUACAUCAACAUUAUCAACAUCUCAACACGAUUCUUCCUAUUACCCGAAAACAUAUUCCUAUCAAGAUGGAGGAUUAGGAUCAAGAAACCACCAAUUACAACAACAACAACAACAAUCAUCAUCAUCUUCGUCACCGAUUAGUGCCACCAUCGGUUAUCCGGGGAUAUACAAUUCUAUGGAUGGUCUCUCUCCGACUAGUCCUUCAACAUCAUCUGUAGUUAGUACAUACUCUAUUCGUUAGUUAAUGAAUUGAAUUCUUAUUAGUAUAGUUAUUUUUAUUUUUAUUUUUAUUUUUGAUAUGAUUAUACUAAUUAUGCAAUUCAUUGAUUCUCCCCCCCCCUCUUUUUUUUUU